UAACGAUUCAACAGAACUGCUAGGACCACGGACCCGAACCAAGGUGCUCUCUCCAAACCCCAGACGAGUUAUCUGCUCGUCGGAGUGUCCGCUGCCCUCGUGCUCGGCUUCCUAGGUUAACGAACGGAAGAAUGGCCUGGGACAUAGAAACAAUAAAAGGAGGAGGGGCCAUUGUUGCUAGAGCCAGAUGGUGCUUAGUAGAGAAUCAGAAGAGGGAAGCAGAGUAUCAAGGCAGACACCAUUUCAGCGUGGCCAAGAAAAGUUGGUGAGGAUAAGAAUCCCUCCCCAGAUCACCACUAACGGCAGAUACGAGGACACGCCGCCCAUACGGCUACAGAGAAUUAAGCUAGCGCGUGUGAUAGUUCGAUGCCGAGGAACAAGUUUCCACCGACCAAUAAUACCAACAAGGGGUCCUAAGAACACUGUGGAGUAUCUGUCGUCUCUGUCUCCCUUCCUACCAGUUACCAUGCAAGGUAACCCGGAUUUCGUAGUGUUGCCUUUCCAAGGUUCUCAUGUCGCUAUGCAAAGGAUCGCCCGAUUGCGCUUGAGACGGUGCGGGUGGAGUGAUGCACAGGAACUGGUUCCCCUAGUCGGAGGCUACCGUACGGUUACGCUGUAUCCGACAGUCCGUGCCCUUUACGUAACCGUAAAAGCUACGGUCCGUUCAAUAGUCAUCCCUGUUAUUAGACAAUGUGGCCCACAAUUAAGAGAGACACCAAUCACAUGCUGUUUUAUUCCCCUUAUACAGUGUACUUCUUGGAUUGCGGACCGUCAUGUCUCCACACUCAACCUCUGCUGGGUGCGAAGCUUCCCUAUUUGGGAGUGAUAAGCAGCUUGUUAGUUCUCAUGUGCAUAUCCAAGGUUGCGCCUGGUGAAGAUGAAGCGACCAGCAGACUCUUAUUUUCCUUUUUCCCAUCUCCACCACUCUUUAAUUCAUCCUCGCCGAGUUCAAAUCACUGGGAGGAAUCAGAUAAUUAGGUCCCGAAUCGACUUCAGUUACCAUUUGAAAACAACGGCAAAAUGACCCGGCCUUACGUUUACUACUCUGCUCUU